AACAACUUUAAAUGAUAUAAAUGUAAUAAAUUAUAAUUAUUUUAAAUGAAUCAAACAGUCUAUUUUAGCAAACUUUAUAAUCUGACAAAAACUGUUUGUCUAUUCAAUAAUAAUAAUACUAAUAAUAUUAAUAAUAAACUUUUAAGACAACUAAGAAAUCCGAUAACUAAACACUGGAGAAACAUGAGCUCAACAUUUUUGGUCGACGAUAAUAGUAAAUAUGAUUUCCUUCAACGGUUGGGUAUUAAGCGAAAAAAUUUAGGCGUCUAUAACAAUGAAUGGUCGGGCAAUGGAAAGGUAAUCCAAUCGAUAUGUCCAUCAAAUAACAAAGUUAUUGCCGAAGUACUGACUGGUGAUCUACAAGAUUACGAGACAACCGUAAAGUUGGCACAAAAUUCGUGGCAAAUAUGGGCCGACCUACCGGCGCCGAGAAGAGGCGAAAUAGUCAGACAAAUAGGCGAUGCGUUGCGUCAAAAGAAAUCAGAUUUAGGAAGACUAGUGUCACUUGAAAUGGGAAAGAUAUUGAGUGAAGGUGAAGGUGAGGUACAGGAGUAUAUCGAUAUAUGCGACUAUGCAGUCGGUUUGUCCCGAAUGAUCGGCGGACAGGUAUUGCCAUCGGAACGACCAGAUCACGCACUCAUCGAAAACUGGAAUCCCUUGGGCUGUAUUGGUAUAAUAACGGCUUUUAACUUUCCGGUUGCCGUUUACGGCUGGAAUAAUGCACUGGCUCUGGUCUGCGGCAAUACAAUGGUCUGGAAAUCGGCACCGACUACACCACUGUGCAGUAUUGCCGUCACUAAGAUUGUAUCGUCAAUAUUUGAAGCCAAUUCAUUGCCCGGUGCUAUAUGUUCGCUAGUGUGCGGCGAUUCGGAUAUCGGCCAAUCCAUUGCCAACGAUGAACGACUGGCAUUGGUAUCGUUUACUGGUAGUACAAGAGUCGGCCAAUUGGUCGGUCAGACUGUUCAGAAAAGAUUUGGUAAAAGUUUGCUGGAAUUGGGCGGUAAUAAUGCAAUCAUUGUCUGCGAAGACGCCGACAUUCAAAUGGCUAUCAGAGCCGCAGUCUUUGCCUGCGCUGGAACUGCUGGCCAAAGAUGUACAACAACUCGACGACUAAUUUUACACGAAAAGGUUUACGACAAAGUCAUAGACGGACUCAAGAAAGCCUUUGCACAGAUCCGAGUCGGCGAUCCAUUGGACAGUAAUGUAUUGUACGGACCGUUGCAUACAACUGGUGCAGUCGAUGCCUAUCUAUCGGUAAUCGCCGAAGCGAUCAAAUCUGGCGGUACUAUAGUGUGCGGCGGUAAACGUAUCGAUCGCUCCGGUAAUUACGUAGAGCCGACAAUCAUUGCUGGCCUCAAACACGACUCACCGUUGGUCCAGACGGAGACAUUUGCGCCGAUAGUCUAUGCCAUUAAGUUUACCGAUUUGGACGAAGCUAUCGCCUACAACAACGAAGUCAAACAAGGAUUGUCCAGCAGUUUAUUUACCGCUAAUAUCGGCAAUAUUUUUAAGUGGAUGGGACCUAAAGGAUCUGAUUGUGGUAUAGUUAACGUCAAUAUACCGACCAAUGGGGCCGAAAUUGGCGGCGCUUUUGGCGGCGAAAAGCAUACGGGCGGUGGUCGGGAAUCUGGAUCCGAUUCGUGGAAACAAUACAUGAGAAGAUCUACCUGUACUAUCAACUAUGGCAAACAGUUACCAUUGGCACAGGGAAUCAAAUUUGAAUAAUAAUUUUUUAAUGUUAUCUUAAGAUAUCUUAAGAUCAAUAGACAUCAAUGGUUACCAAACUUACCAAACAAACGGUGUGAUCACUGAUGAUAAUAAUCUUCAGUCUGUAGAAAAUGAUUGUCAAAACAAAAACAAUAUAUUUUAUAAAAUAAAAAUCAAGUUUUUUUUGU